CGGCCGCAGAGAUGGCCGCCGAAAACUAUCACCUCAAGUGGGACUCGCACCUCUCCUAUCUGAACUCUUCCAUAGCCACGCUUUACAAGAACGAGAAGUUCGCCGAUGUGGUCCUGUACAGCUCCUACAACAGCAGUGGCAUCCCCUCGGACAUUCCCACGGUGGGCAUCUCGGCCCACAAGUUCAUCCUCAGUGCUUCGUCCCAGUUCUUCGCGACCAUGUUUGAAACGGCACCGAUCACGAACCCAAACGGAGUGCUCUAUGUAGUCUUGCCGCCGGAUCUGAGUCACCGGGCCAUCCAGAUCCUGGUGCAGUACAUGUACAGCGGCGAGGCCACCGUCUCCAACGACAUACUCAACGAGGUCCUGCGCGGCGGCGAAAUCCUCAAGAUUCGCGGCUUGUGCCGCACCAGCUCUUCCAAUGGCGGUGGCUCCGGUUCGGUGGUUACCACAUCGCACCAUCCUCAUCCGCUGGCCGGGCAUAUGCAUCCGCGGGAGGCGAGCGCCAUGUACAUGUCCAAUGGCACCCGUUCCGCCCUGCCACCUCCACCGCCGCCACCGUCAACCAUGUCGGCUCAGCUCCAGGGAGAUCUUUAUGCCAGCAAGCCGGGAGGAUCCACACGAUUUGCCCUGGAUCACCACCACCUGUCGUCGCACCACAACCACCUAAAUCACCAUCAUUCCCAGCAGCAACAAUUCCGAGGUCUCGGGGUUUCCGUAAUGCCCAAGGACUCUCCCGUGAUCAUCAAAUCCCCAAAGAUGGCCGCUCACACAGGACUCCUUACCGUGGCUAGCAGCAGCAAGUUGGGCAUCUCGGUCAACAAGGAGGUGGCCAUCGAUCCGGAGGACAAGUGCUGCUUUGCGGCUCCUGGCCAGGUUGACCCACAGUCACAUCCACCUCCACCAACAUCGACAUCAACGACUGGCGGAGGAGGAGGCGGAGCAGGUGCCUCUGCAUCCCAACCCAUAUCCAUCUGCACGGAGGUGGGAUGUAGCAGCUGUCCCAUGACCGCUGGACCCAGUGCGGAUCAGGCGGAGACCACACUGCGGAGGUCGGAGUACGAGGAGCAGGCACUGCGGGAGCGGAAUGAGGUGGGACUGGUCUUCGAACGACGCCUGAGGAGGGAAAGCGCCUGCGAAAGAUCUCGUGACUACUAUGAAACUCCGCACUUUGAGCACGUGGUGUCAUCCCGCCUGGCUGCCACACCACCGCCACCUCAGCAGCCACCACAUCCGCCGAACCUUCGACAUCCGCACAACUUCCUCACCAUCAAACAGGAGCCGACCGACUGGAGCAACAACCCACCAAACGCCUCCAAUGCGUCCAACAACAACAACCUGGAGGAGGGGCCAUUGGCAUCGCCCAAGCAGCCGCUGGACUUUAAGAUGACCGCCGUAAAGCUGGAGGUGAACAGGGAUCGGGAAACACCCUCCGAGGAGAACGAGGAGCACACUCUGCGCGACUACAACAACUUCAAGCAACUGCUCGUGUGCGAGAUCUGCCAGAAGUCCUUUGAGGACACCAAGAUGCUGGUCCGACACCUGGGCACCCAUGCCGGGGAUACGACGGGCGGGACGGAGAGGAACCUCCUGCCCUCCAGUGCCAGCGGGAGUACGUCGACCGCCUCCAGCAAUCUUGCCCUGCGAACCGUCAAAACUUAUGUGCCAAAGAAACGACGCCGAGUUUCGCAACAGGAGAACAAUAUGGACCAUGAUCAUGUCACCCUGCUCUGCGAUUUAUGCUCUACAUCCUUCGAUACGCCCGCGGAAUGGGUGCGUCACAUGAACAGCCAGCACACGGAGAUCGAGCUGGCCAUGUUCAACAGCAAGAAGGAUGGCGAGCAGAAGGGCCAGCAGCCACCUCCGGCGACCAGCAGCUCUUCCACAGUGUCCACCAGCCAAAUGCAGCCAAAGUAUCCCAGCUCCACCGUCACCCGGUCGACGCAGUCCCUCAUGCUGCACAAGAUGAGCAACAUCGACAUCGAUGCAGUGGCAGCUGCAACAACAUCCCUAUCGUCCGAAGCUACCACCUCACCGAAUACCUAAGGAGGGCCAUCCGGAUCAGGACAUGGAUUCAAUAAGUAACAGCACACCAUUCGAAGCUGGAGAAUUCGCCACUUGAGGAAUUGGAUCUUUGGGAUCAGCGGAUAACAUCAAAACACCUUUUUGUUCGAUAAAUUCAAGUCGUUCCAGUAAUCAAAAGAGGGAUGUUUAUUAUGCAACAGCAAGAACCGUGAUCAAAAUGCAACCAGUUUGCAUAUUUUAUAGAGCAACAAACAAAAUACAAAAUCGCAAAAAUAAUUAACGAAAAUGUAAACGAAACUUAGAAUCGGAAUCGUCUGGCAACGAUGCAAAACAAAACCCAAAGAGUAAUUUGAAAAGAAAGAAAAACAAUAUUUAACUAAUGUGUGUAGAAUUUUUUUUAAGUGUAUGUAUUUACUUAGUUUUAGAUACUUAUUCCCCAUGUAAUUACAUGUAACAACAACGCGCAAUUGAUACGAAAAAAGAUAACUAUACAAUUUAAUCAUUUAAAAUGUACGAAUAAUUUUCAUCAACGGACAUUGUCAAAAAAUAAGAAAAUCUGUAUUGUUAAAACAUUCCAUUUGUAGGACCAACAUCAGCAAAAAGAUUAAAAUGCUAUAAUGAACAUUUAAUUAGAGCAGUAAAUAUAAAAAUGAUUCUAUCUUUAUUUCCAAUUAAUUUGCAUUGAUUAUUUUUGGAAUGUAAUAACUGAUAACUACUGUUUUGUAUUACGCUAUCGCGACUUUAUGAUGUCAGCAACUUCGUUGAAUUUGUACUAGUACUUUUUUAUAUUUUUUAUAAGGCUUCAACAGAAAUUUCGAGAACUUUUUUGUACAUAGAUUAAGUUUUAUUUUGAAAUUCCGCCGAUCGAAACUUUUUGCGAAAAGUCAUUAACAUAAAUCUCUAAAUGUGUGUGUGUAGUAGUUGGAAGUUUAAUUAAAAACUCCCCCCAACCAUGUAAAAAAAAACAAUAUAUAUCCAGAAUAUAUAUAUAAAAUUUACAAGCAGGCGUGAUUAUUAACAAACUAAGUAUGUAGAUGUAUAAACCAUGCAGGAGGAAAACUGUUUCUUCCCCAAAACAAAUCGCAAAUGUAGCAAAGCGUUUUAAUUUAAAUAAACGUCUACG